UCUUUCUCUCUCUAAAGCAGAGAGAAAACACGAUACAACAUCUCAACGUUCUCUCUCUGUUCUCUCAAACACCUCCAUCGCCAUCUCCGUCUUCUUGUGUUGUCAUCACCAUCUCCGUCGCUAUCUUCGUUCUAAGUUAGGGUUCGAUUCUCCAAGAUUCAAUGGCUCCAAGAAAAAGAAGAGCAACAAUUGCUAUUACUCCUAAAAAUACAAGAAGGCAAAUAGUAAACAAAGACAAAUAAAAAAAGAAAAAAAAGAAAGAACAAGAUUGGAGCAGUAUAUUGGAGAAGAUGGAAAUACUAGGUUGGAGAAGUCUAUAGAAGAAGAAAGAAGCACAAGGUUGGAGAAGUCUACGAAAGAAAAAGACGAAGAAAUAAGUGGAACAAAUGCUUCUUCCACUAAUGCAGAUGAAUAAAAUGAUAAAUCCAAAAGUAAUGAAAAUGUAGAAGGUGAAAAUAGAGGAUUCAAGGAUGAACACAGAAUGAAACACCGGCACGAUAAACCUAUCUUAGAGGAAGAGAAAUCUCAUACUUUUGAGUCCUCUCCGGACAGUCCUUCACCUAAUAUCUCACUUGCCAAGCCUAUUAGGUAUUUAGAUUACAGCUUUGAGACACUGAUUGAAAGGUAUCUAAGUUUGAUAGGCUCUGUUAAUGUUAAGUCUUGGUUGGGUAAGUCUUUUUCUGAGUUUAGAAAGAUUUUAGAAGAUAAAAAAUUGACGAAGUUCUUUAAAUCUUGAUUUUCGGAAAGUACUUAUACCUACCUAAUAAUAUCAAUAUAAGAUUUCAAAUGAAUUUAGUUUACCAACUUCUUAAACGUAAAAUUAUAAGUCAUAGAAAAGAGGAAGUUUGAAUAAACUAUUGUGGCAUGCCGAUUUGGUUUGGUAUGAGAGAGUUUGUGAUCAUUAUUGGCUUGAAUUGUCAUUUACCAGUUGUGUAUGAGGAAGAAAAAAUAUCAACUAAGACAUUGAGAAGGAGACUACAAAUUAUUGAUUUGGUGGGAAAGACUUGCAAAGAGAAGGAGUUGAUUGAUCACAUCAAAUCUGAGGAUGUUCGUGAAAGUGUAAAGAAGUCAUUGUGCUUGCUCUAUUUUGUGCACAAUUUUCUUUGUGCAAAAGAUUUGAACACGAAACUUCCGUCUGAAUGGGUUUUGCUCUCAGCUGAUAGAGAUGCAUUUUCUGUCCAUUCAUGGGGGCGUGUAAGUUAUAGUCUUACAAUUGAGUACCUAUUGAAAACGGUUAAUCCAAAUGUGAAAACCUCCAAUCUUUAUGGCUUUCCAUGGGCUUUCAUGUGUUGGGCAUUUGAGGCUAUUCCUCCCCUCCGAAAAAAAUUCAAGAUUUUUUCAGAAGAAAUGUCUUCACCGAGAAUUCUUAGAUGGCUUUCAGCGACUAAUAACGUAUCUGUUGAGAUUAAUGAGUUGUUUGACCCCCCCAAAGACUUGAUUGAAAAGCGUGAGAAAUAUUUGAAUGGUGUUGUGGCAAUCAAAAGAGAUUGUACAGUUGUUGAGGGGGAUUUUAACCCUUCAAGGGCAGUUGGUGUAGGUGGUAGUAUUGUUGGUCAUGGAGGUGAAAGUUCUUUUCCAAAUGUUGAUAGAGGUACUAGUGGUGUUGGUGCUGGAGAAGGAGGAGGAUUUUCUCCAUUUGUUACUAGUGGACUUGGUGGUUUUAGUGGUGGUUUUGGAGCAGGAAGAUCUCUGAUCAAUGAGAAUGUUUCGCGUCCUCAAGAAACCCCAUCCACCAUUGAGCAACUACUGCAACAAAUUCAACAACUGCUGAAAAGAUAUGCAGCAGUUGCUAUGAUUAAUGAAGCAUUUGCUGAAUAA